UUGCCAGUGGUCUGCUGCACAGUCUGAUUGGAGAUUUAUCUUCAGGAGCACAAGAUGGCUCCAACAUCACGAGGGUCGGACGCAGCACCGAAACACAACCACAAAAACAGAGGAGGAGCUCUUUCUGAACAUUGGUCAGGCAGUAAUGGAGUUCGUACAAACUGUGCCCAAGGUGGAUACGGUUGUCCAGGGUAUCCUUCAAACCAGCUUUCAUUCCAUGAUGUUAGCAACAGUCACCAUGGACACUGUAGAAGAAAUUCUAAGCAAUGUCCUGGAAGAUGCUAAUCAGCUCCAAAUGACCUAUCGUAUGUUGCUGACAAACGAGUCUGAAACAAGUGUUUGGCUGGGCCGUGUCCUUGACAGUGUGAUGGAAGUUGUUAUGAAGCUGAUGUCACCUGGGAAUGUAAAAUGUGAAGAACGUCUGGCUCCCUUGGAGUGGCUCUUAUCUAGCAAUAGCAUAAAAAAUGAAGUGUGGAGAGCAAUGAUCUGCCCCAGCAACCACAGUCUGCAACAAGCUUUACUGUUGGAUUGGAUGCCUUUGAUUCAAAAGGCACAAGGUCUAUACUCCACCCUCACAGGCAAACCAUACUUCAACAUACCCCUUUCCAUGAUUCUGUCUGAGUGGCACGAGUUGUACGAAAACAGCAUGAAGCUCAGUGAGCGUUUGUCCAGUGUGAGCCAAGAGCUGGGUGAAGAAUACUGGAAGAACUGGAUGCCUGACAACAACACCGAGCUUAAUACUGGAACUCUUCAAAAAAGUCUUGUCUGGUUCCUGAUCAGUCUUGGAGAAAGAAUUGAGAAGAGUGAUCUGUGGCCCACAGUAAAGGACUACUUCUACAUGGCUUACUGGAUUUUGAACUACAGCCCUGAUGUCACAACUCAGCCAGCAAACUGUUCUUUCACAUGAACAUCUCAGCCCUUCAUUGUGAUGCGGAUUUGUCCGGCCACAGUUUGUUCAAGCAAUGACUCAGGCUCUGAUGUCACCAAGCAACGCGCUGUCAACUGGCUCAAAGGAUCUGUGAAUUUAUUGCAACACGUGUACGGCAACAUCUAUAAAAAUCUGACAGCCUCAUAUGUGAAACAGGAAAUAACAGGUGGCGAUGCCCUCUCUGUCUACCUGAUUAAUCUGAUGAAUAACCUGAAUGACUUCCUCAGUAUGAUCUCCAAGGUUCCCAACCAAAACAUCACCAACCCAGAUGACCAUGAUUCCACACAUUGGUAACCUGUUAGAGUCCUGUGGGUUGUCCCCCACUUGUGCCUUUGCUCAGCAACAAGCAUCCACUUAAUGCCUCUGCAAUCCUCGGUAUAGCCUCAAAGCUUGGAAGACUUAACCAGGAUGUGUUUACCUUCAAUGUGACAGACCCAGCAAUACCUCACCUGGAAGAGCUGAUAAUGCAGUUCCUCUCUUUGGAGGUUAAUCUCACAUUGUCUCUCCCCCCAAAUCAUGGGACACUCUCUGCUUACCUAUUCUCAAUACCUCCAUCCUGAUGAAAUGAACCAUCUUAUAAAAUCAAUUCAGCCUUUCAGCAACCAGACCUCAGGCAGGUUUUGUAGAAGCCAUUAUCAGUGCUGUGGAGCUGCUGAAGACACUGAUGGAUGCGCCAAAUGGUGACCCAACUAACGUCCUCCUUGGGUACAUACGCCAGAUUCAAGAAUUUGUGGUUUCUCUCUGUAGACUGCAAAAAAUUGAACAAGUCAUGUUACCAAAUGGUUCUUACAGCAUAGCUCAAGUCCACUGAUCUCAGCUUGCUUUCCAUGGACUUUCUCAACCUCCUCACACCUGAGAGCCCUUCAAAACCUUACACAGGUUGGACCAGAUGCUGCCCAGGACAUUGUUAUCCAGAAGUUGUAGC